AUGAUCCAGGCAAUCCCAGCACCCCCUCUUCUUGAAGGCGUUCCUUUCGCUGCCGCAAAAAGGGAGGCCAGGGAGGCUGCCAGGGAGGCUGCCAGGGAGGCCGCCAGGGAGGCCGCCAGGGAGGCUCAGGAAGCGGCGACCAAGCUGAGUCGGAGCUCCAGCUGCGAAACUUCCGAAACCUGUCUUCCAAGUGAGGCUGGAGCAUCUGGGCGAUCUGGGAGCCAGGUGACAGCUCAAAGCGGGAGGACCUCGGAAAGCGGCGAAAGCGGUAGGAGUAGAAAGAAUAGAAAGAAGGUGGGCCUGAGGUACUACACCCGCGAAGGAAAGCAGCGGCUGCUCUCGCGAGCAAAGGCUGUCUUCUGCCGCAGCUGGACUUUCUCAGUGUCCGCUCUGGCUGGAGCAGCCGGCUCGCUCAUUGUCCUGGUCGGGCUACUUGACCUGCUGGUGCUGUCCUCUGCGGUGCAGGGCAUGUGCGUCGUCUCCGGCUUCGAAUAUCCAGAUGGGUAUCCAGAUCAAGAGAGAGGGCCCAACAACACUUUCUCGCUGCACCCUUGCCCGACAACGCCGAGCUGCCUUUUUCAGGUUGAUGUGCAGCUGGAUGACGGGAUGCGACGGGUGCGUUUCUUCCAGCCGCCCUUUGAGAUCCCCUCGCAUGCUACACCUGGCAGGGCUUACGAGCCUGAGCCGCUUCCUGGUGGAUUGGCUUGCUGCCCCUUCACCCCAGCAGACUGCUGUUCCUGGUAUGACCCGGCCCAGCGCCGCUUCUGCGACUCGACGGAGUGCCGCUUUUCGGCCUCCCAAGGCUCCGAAGGCUCCGAAGGCUCCGAAGGCUCCGCGUCCUCCGCGUCCUCCGCGGCCUGGCCCUGCUUCCUCCGCGAAUUCGCACCUCCGCCGGCCAGCAGCGACCACUUCCUCGAGCAGGCCCAGCUCGACGGGGCGCAUUUGGAGGUGGGAAGCAAGUGGCGCUCGGCGCUUCUGGUGUUGGAAGGCUUCUUGGUUGCCCUGGCUGGGCUGGGAUUGUAUCUGUGCCUGAGACCGGAGGUCCGCAGGAGGCUGGAUGCGUUUCUGCAGUUCCUCCUCCGAGGCUGCGAGCACCGGGCUAACGGACUGCUGCUUCGGUUUGUGAAGUGCCUCCCAAGCUUCCUGCUGAGUGAGGGGAUGGAGGUGCUGCUCAUCCAGGAUGCUGCGGUCGUGCCUUUGCAGCGAGCUGCCCGGCGCUGGCUCGCCCGGAGGCGCCCGAUCACCUCGAUGUCCGAAGCUGUGGAGCUGGCCAUGGUGCGGAGGAGCAGCGUCAUGGCCUACCGAGAAGCCUUGCAAGAUGGGACUUCGUGGAGAUCCUCCGGGUCUCAUCCGUCCCAGCCCUCGGAGCUUUCCGCGACCGGGCCGCAGGCGCUGGUCUCGAAGAGGCCUCCGCAGAUGGCCCGGAACAGGAGGCUGCUUUUGGACAGUGGGAGCCUCCAAGACUUUCGGCGUUUUGUCCGUGUGCGGGUCGCCAGUCGGCCUUGGGAGCGGCUGCGGCUGGAGGUGGUUCUGGAGAUGGGAGCGCCAUCGCUGGGCGUUGUUGCCAGCGUCAGCCGCCGCGACAGCCCCCCAGCGGUCUGCCGUGUGGCACCUUGCGGGCCCGCAGAGGCUUUUGGCGUGAGGCGCGGUUUCCUCAUCCUCAUGGUCGGGCGCCUGGAGUGGCCGAACUUCCCAGCACAGGAGAUGAUCGAGGAGCUUACUAGCAGCCGGCGGCCCCUCUGCCUUGUCCUGCAGGCUCCCCCGGACUUCAAAGAGAAGCUUCGAAAGGAUGCUGGCGCGGAGGUACCGCCGCCGCCACCGCCACCUGCACUGCCCCCCUUGCCCCCAAUGCCGCCGCUGCCUCUGCAGGCCACCAUGUUGCCUCGUGAGGCACCACCAAGCCCCUGUGAGCCGCCACCGCUUCUUCAGCCAGGUGCUGUCCAGGACGUGCCCUACAGGUGCGAGGGGAGGAGCGAGCGCCGCUUCCCCGAGCCACGCAGGCCUCGGCCGAAGAGCGCCAACGCCUCCUCAAUCAGGCUGCUGGAGCAACGGCGGAUGGAAGAGGUGCAUGGAGAGCGGCAGGCAGUGGGUGUUACGAAUCGGCCAAGUGCGGUUCCUUCGGCCCGGCUCCAUCAAGGUUGCGCUGGUGUUCGUCCGGGAGAGCGUGGUGCAACGAGUCGCGUAAGGCCAUCUUCAGCGAUGCCCUUGGGCCGGCCAUGCAGAGGUGUGCCAGUCGCGCCCGCCGGCACUGCGAAACCCAGGCCUGCCUCAGCUUCCGCGUGCAGGUAUGGAGGUGUGGUGGAAGCCUUCCCGCAGAAUAGGCUUCAGAAGCCUGCGAGGCCUGUCUCGGCGCCGAGACACGCGCGCAGAAGCUCUGCGCGGCAUUGA